AAUUGCGGAUGGAUCUCGCAAUAUUUUUUCAGUUAACAGUACCUGGGCUACACAGGCGUCCAUGACCCCAUCACACUCACAAGCGUUACCUUGCGCUACCGCAUCCAUUGUUAAAUCCACGCUGCAACGUCAGAGUGUCACUCGCAAUCUGGGAGUAUCUAUCCCGAGCUGUAAAUUGAUUCCAGAUAAAACUGAUUCGCAGUUUAUUAACAAUGUACCUGGGUCGCGCUCCGGCAUUCGUUUCUCUGACACAUUCUCCAUCACCCCAUCUAAAUUUGUUUCAGAACAUCAGUCUAACAUUCUGCCUUCACUUUCUGAUCUCAGGAAUGCAUCUAUUUUAAAUCCAACAGCUAAUGGCUAUCCUAAGUUAUUUGCAAGUUCUUAUUACGCUACUUUAAACGCAACAGUUGAUUUAUCGGAUGGCGGAAAAAAAAUUACGCCUGUUGAACAAAAUCCCAUCGUAUCUUCGGCAUUGGUUCCAUGUUCAGUUGGCGUUCCUGGAUUGGCGCUAUCAAAUGACUGCUCUAAUAUGCUUCCUUCAUCUUCGAAAGGCAAUGAAAACAGCCAAAUCAAUAGCACUUUCAUUUCCAACUCCUGUGUUAAAGAGAAAUCUGACGGACCAUUAACUAAUACCAAUAAUGAAAUUCGUGGAUCUACAGAAAGCACCAAUUCGAAGUUGGAUUUAAACAGCACCUACACAACGCGUUCUGAGCAGCCUGGUUCUGAUGGCGAGGACGUCAGCGAGGAGGAUGCGUGCCAGGAGAACAGAUCAUCAGCUCGCCAGCUGCUCUUCAACUCUCCCGACGCUCAGCCUGCUGGUUGCCAGCCCUCGCAGAAUUCGACUUUCUGUGUAGAGCCUUCAGAAGGAAGUGUUGAGAACCUGUUGCCGCUCAACCCGUUGGAGCUGCUGGAGAAGUCCCUAGCUUCAUCUGUUUCGAUAUUGCCCAGCAACCCCAAACCACAGCUCAAGCUGAAGAGCAUUUUGAAGCACAGCAACUCGAGCAGCACCGCUCGCAGGUACGAGCUUGGGGGAGGUCAGAACAGCAGAAGCGCGGUCGGCCGCUCGCAGUCGGUACGCAACUUGUCCGCCUCCUCGUCCCUGCUCAGAAGAAACUUCAGCUCAGUCGGCAAGCCAGAGCCAAACUCUGCGCAGAAAGGAUUUGCAAUGCGCCGCGUAAUGAGCUUCAAAAACAGGCGUUACCAUCAGCAGCACAUGGAGAACCAGGAGAACUUAGCUCCACGUAUCUCUACGAACAAGCUUCUCUCUUCCGCGUCGUGCUCAAAUCUCACGUCUUUUGCCCCCGCUACCACCACCGGCAGUGCUUCUAAAUCCCUCAACUGCUGGAGACCUUGAAGUUGCGCGUCAUCUUGCCUGAAGCGUUCCCUCUUGUAUCUAUUGUAUCUGUACAGUGACGUCUACGUUUAAUUUGCUUCAUUUACUGCCGAUUUUGUUCAUAAUAUUGGAAAACUUCGAGGAAAAAGUUUCGCUCACGAAGAUUUCAGUCAUUUUUCUUUUAUUUUGUACAUUGAUGGUUUAGUUAGACGUAAGGCUUAGCUGCCUCCAAGAUAUCUUUGAAAAAUCCAUUGCUUCACUGUUUUAUUAGCAGUUUUACUAUUUGAGUAUUGGUUUCUCGUACCAAGCUUGCCAUAUUUGCUGCAAAUUACCCGCAAAUUAAGUGGUUAUGGUUGAAUAGGUGUCUCUUAUCGUCCAUUGAGUAAUGAAAUCGAGUACCUAUAGAUAAAAUGAAAAAAACCGUUUAUUUACUACAGUCCGGUUAGUUAAUUAACCAUGCUAUUAAUUAUUUUGCGUGUUGUUUAUAUGGUGAUUUUUACGGUAGUGCAGCAUCUCUUUGCGAUUGAUAGUAUUUUGGACUAUUUUCUUACACGAUUCUUCUGUUUAAAAUGACUGAAUCUAGAUCAUGCAGUAAACUUUACGCACCGUCUCUAGGUCAACUAUCGUUUAGAGUUCUUUGUACGCAUGAAGUUUAUCUUCCUUCUCCUUGUGCUUAAUUCUUAUUUCAUUGUUCGAUUCUUCUAUAUUUUUAUGCUUUGCAUAUACUUACAACUCCGUGUCACUAAUGCUUGUAGAAAUUUUUAGCAUUAGAGGCUAAGAUUAACAAUGGACUUGACAAGUCUACAGCCAAGUUAUAACUUUAAUUUCACUUAGGAGUACGAACUUGACCUGCGAGAAUGACAAUCGUGUUUAUUGCUGUGCUUUCCUUUAAUCAAUUUAAUGUGUUGUAAGAUCAGCAUUAGUAAUUUCAAGUGUUAUUUAAUCAAAGUCUGUCAGUCUCUACGAAGACCCCCGAGCUUGCGCCCUGAGAGAGGCGACUUCAAUUUCCUCUCAACGAUAAUGGAUAGUAGAUCAACACAACUGGAUGAACUGUAGAUUAGUUUCGAGUAAAAUUAGAUUGGAAGCUUCAUUUUUUUAUUUUGAUGAAGCGGUAAAGAUACGAAUAAGCAAGUACAUUGUGCAAAGCUGUAAAAACUACGUAAACUUGAUGCCGAAUCUACAUUUCUACGCAAUGAGGACUGUGAACAUCUAGACUUAUCGUCCCAAGUGGGUAAGAUGGUCAGACAUUGUUACGUUUUCCUCUUUGACUCAGUGGGCGAAUUUCUGUCGAAUCCACCAGAUAGUAGAAAAUAAUUUUUCUAAUUGAUGUUCCUCUAUCUUGAUCCCACGUACUCUGAUCUCUUCCUGUUUAUGGCCAUCUUUUUUGACGAGGACGAAUGCUUGGUUGCUUCCUAAUGCAGUACGUGUCUAUCAUUAUAAGUUGAAGCUAUAUAAUGCAAUAUUAGGCUCGUAUUUUACACAUUUCGAAUAAAUACCUUCCUGGCUCGA